UGUGAAAGAAAGAAUUUUCGUCACAAUAAAUUCCACGAUUAUCACCAGUAGCAGAAAUAGCAGGAAGCAAUCCUUAUUGUCUUCCGGAAGAUAAGGUUCCGAACUUCCUGAGGGAAUGAUUAGUGACCAGAAGGAAGCUUACUAAGCCACGCUUUUGUCGCGAUAACAAUACUCAGACCCGUGCGUGAUCCCGUAAUCGUUCCAGCUGGCACUAGUUGCAAGAUUGCCUGUUCUUUCUUCCGUAAACAUUUUCGGAUUCGUUUUGGAAUAACUUCAGAAUCAGUUGAAAUUGGAACCACACUCGACAGCACCGUUGGCACGGUGGCAUCGUUUUACUUUUAGUUUUUUUCUAUUUUUAUUUUCUUUUUUGAGUUGCUAUUUUAAUUUCUGCCAAAAUUGACGAGGAAACGCUGGACUAUUCCAUUGUCUUCGAAGCGAUGGCUGACAGACUAACCCAGCUUCAGGACACGGUAAAUCAGCAAGCGGAACACUUCUGUAACAGCAUCGGCAUACUGCAACAGUGCUCGGUUCCGAGCAAGUUCCCCGGCUUCGAACGAACUGGAUCACAUACACCUCAGCAAAACCAGCAGGAAGACUACGCGCAACUAUUUUCCACCUUGAUCUCAAGAUGUGCCAAGGACAUCGACACGCUUAUCGAAUCUCUGCCCAGCGAGGAAAGCUCAAUCGAACUGCAAGUGCAAGCGCUGAAAAGGCUCGAGAUCGAAAACCAAGAAUCCGCUGAAAAACUCGAGGAAGUUGUGCGGAAAGGUGAACUAUUGCUGGAGAAGAUACAGGCUGCCCUGAGCGAUAUCGCACAGUCCCAGCUUGAUAUGCAGUAUUCGUCGUCGCCUAAAAAGCAAUGACUGACAGCCAAAACAAUUCCCAACAGCGCGAGGACGGACCCAAUCGUUCGUUCAGCUGCAGCUGCUGGUACCGGUACACUCAAUGAGGGAGGUUGCGCCGCGCAGGAAAACGACAAAAUGUGUUAGUUAUGUUCAGUUUUUUUUUUUUGUUUUGUAUCAUUAUGUUUCGUAUGUAUCAAUUGAACACUAGUGAUAAUAUUUACAAUUAAAAUAACUACAGCUUAACGAUAAGUUAAUAAUAAAACAUAUAUCGAUCAAAA